AUGCCUAUGUAUGUUAAAUUUAUCAAAGAUGUUAUCACAAAGAAGAGGAUAUUUGAAGAUCAAGAGGUUGUAAACGUGAACUCGUGUUGUAGUGUUAUAAUUCAAAGAACUCUACCGAAGAAAGAAAGCGAUCCAGGAAAAGUUAAUCUACCGGUGACAAUUGGAAGUGUCUAUGUCGGUAAAGGGUUGAUAGAUUUGGGUUCUAGCAUUAAUUUGAUACCAUUAUCUCUUGUGAAAAGAUUGGGAAAUAUAGAGUUGAAAUCUACAAGGAUGUCUUUGCAAUUGGCUGACAAGUCCACCACUCAUCCUAUAGGGAUUGCGGCAGACUUGUUAGUUAAAGUUGAUAAAUUCUUUUUCCCGGUCGAUUUUGUGGUGAUUGAGAUGGAGGAGGAUUAUGACACACCUCUAAUAAUUUGA